AUGAACCUGGAAGGCCUGGAGAUGGUUGCGGUGCUGGUGGUCUUGGUUCUCUUCGUCAAGGUACUGGAGCAGUUCGGCCUCUUCGAGCCCGUGUCCUUGGAAGACAGUGUUGAGGAUGAGUUUGAGCUCUCCACCGUUUGCCACCGCCCCGAGGGGCUGGAGCAGCUCCAGGAGCAGACCAAGUUCACCCGCAAAGAGCUGCAGGUCCUCUACCGGGGCUUCAAGAACGAGUGCCCAAGUGGCAUCGUUAAUGAAGAAAACUUCAAGCAGAUCUACUCGCAGUUCUUCCCACAAGGAGACUCAAGCACGUAUGCCACCUUCCUUUUCAAUGCCUUCGACACUGACCACGAUGGCUCUGUCAGCUUUGAGGACUUUGUGUCUGGGCUGUCCAUCAUCCUGCGAGGUACCAUCGAUGACCGCCUGAACUGGGCCUUCAAUCUCUAUGACCUGAACAAAGACGGCUGCAUCACCAAAGAGGAAAUGCUGGACAUCAUGAAAUCCAUCUACGACAUGAUGGGCAAGUACACCUACCCGGCCAUGCGGGAGGAAGCACCCCGGGAGCAUGUGGAGAAUUUCUUCCAGAAAAUGGACCGAAACAAAGAUGGUGUGGUGACAAUCGAGGAGUUCCUGGAGUCCUGCCAGAAGGAUGAGAACAUCAUGAGGUCCAUGCAGCUCUUCGACAACGUCAUUUAG